AUGACUCAUGCGUACAGCUGCACCCGCAAUGAGACGACCGGUCACGCCCCCUUCUACUUGAUGUUCGGGUGCCAUCUGAAUUUACCAAUCAACCUUAUGUUUGGGUUUGCCCCGGACAACCAGAAGGAUUCUUUAUCAUACGACAAGUUCGUUGAUAACCUGCGAGAACAUCUCAGAUCCUCAUACAGAGCAGCACAGAACAUUAUUGACAGGCCGCGAGUUAAGCAGAAGCAGCUUUAUGACCGGGAAUCACACAACGCCCCUCCCAUUCCUGGUGAUCAUGUUCUUGUGCUGCGCAAACACAUCACAGGCACACAGAAACUAGCUGACAGAUGGGAGCCACAACCUUAUGUUGUCGUCUCGAAGCAUGGAAACUUGCCUGUCUACAUCGUUGCCAGUCAGGAAACCGGCAAGGAGAGAACGCUACACUGA